UCACACAAUAACUUCACUAAUAAUUCUGGAUUCUCUUCCCUUUUCUGACAGAAGGACCAUGAGGGAAGACAACCAGUCCUCGACCCAGGGGUUCAUUCUCCUGGGAAUUACUGGUCAGCAACAGCAGGAAGAUGUCUUCUUCAUCCUCUUCCUCUUUAUUUAUCCCAUCACAUUGAUUGGAAACCUGCUCAUCAUCUUGGCCAUUCGCUCUGAUGUUCGCCUUCACAACCCCAUGUACUUUUUCCUCGCCAAUCUCUCCUUUGUUGACAUUCUCUUCUCGUCUGUAACCAUCCCUAAGAUGCUGGCAAACCACCUCUUGGGCAGCAAAACCAUCUCCUUUGGAGGAUGCUUAGCACAGAUGUAUUUCAUGAUUGCCUUGGGUAACACAGAUAGCUAUAUCUUGGCCGUGAUGGCAUAUGAUCGUGCUGUGGCCAUCAGCCGUCCUCUUCAUUACACAACGAUCAUCAGUCCGAGGUCUUGUGUCCUGCUUGUUGUAGGGUCUUGGGUGAUCGGAAACACCAACGCCCUCCCCCACACUCUGCUGACAGCUGGUCUGUCCUUCUGUGGAAACAGGGAAGUGGCCAACUUUUACUGUGACAUUACCCCUUUACUCAAGUUGUCCUGUUCUGAUAUCCACUUGAAUGUGAAAAUGAUGUACUUUGGGGUUGGUGUUUUCAGUGUGCCAUUGAUAUGCAUCAUUAUCUCCUACAUCCGGGUCUUUGCCACUGUCCUACAGGUCCCAUCCACCAAGGGUGUAGCCAAAGCCUUCUCCACGUGUGGUUCCCACCUCACAGUUGUAUCUUUGUAUUAUGGGACAGUGAUGGGCAUGUAUUUUCGCCCUCUGAGCAGCUACAGCCUGAAGGACGCAGUGAUAACUGUGAUGUACAUGGCAGUGACCCCCAUGCUAAAUCCUUUCAUCUACAGUCUGAGAAACCGGGACAUGAAGGCUGCCUUAAGGAAACUCUUCAGCCGUAGAGUGUCCACAUAG